AUGCAUGCUGUUUUGCUUUUGACCCUAGAAUCACAGUCCAGUGCCACGGUGGCCAACCCAAAUGCUGGUGCUACUUCCGACACGUACUCCCAGUUCCUGGUGGAGCCAAGUGAUGUGUACAUUGUGAAGAACAAACCAGUGACACUAACAUGCAGAGCUGUGCCAGCUACUCAGCUGUAUUUCAAAUGCAAUGGAGAGUGGGUUCAUCUGGACAAACACAUCACGGAACAGGGUGUCGACAGCAACACAGGUUAUCCUGUAAUGGAAGUAAGGAUAGACAUUUCCCGACAACAAGUGGAGAAGAUCUUUGGCUUGGAAGAAUACUGGUGUCAGUGCAUUGCCUGGAGCACAACAGGGACAACCAAGAGUCAAAAGGCAUAUGUUCGCAUUGCAUAUCUACGGAAGAAUUUCGACCAGGAACCAUUGGGAAGAGAAGUCCUUCUAGGUCAAGAGGUUAUACUUCAGUGUCACCCCCCAGAGGGAAUGCCACCUGCAGAGGUGGAGUGGCUGAAGAAUGAAGAGGAGAUCAAUCCAGCACAAGAUCCGAAUUUCUACAUUACUCUUGACCACAACCUUAUCAUUAAGCAGGCACGUCUUGCAGACACAGGUAACUACACCUGUGUGGCAAAGAACAUAGUUGCCCGACGUCGGAGCUCUUCUGCUGCUAUCAUUGUAUAUGUAAACGGCGGUUGGUCCACUUGGACAGAGUGGUCACCUUGCAGCACCACCUGUGGGAGAGGCUGGCAGAAGCGGACACGGACUUGCACCAACCCCACCCCCCUCAAUGGAGGGGCGUUCUGCGAGGGACAGAAUGUCCAGAAGACCACCUGCACAACCUCAUGCCCAGUCGAUGGAGGUUGGAGUGACUGGAGCGUUUGGUCAGACUGUGGGACAGAAUGUACCCAGUGGAGAAGCCGUGAGUGUUCUGAGCCAGCUGCCAGGAAUGGAGGCAUGGACUGCGAAGGCCUGGAAAUGGAGUCCAGGAACUGUACCAGUGACCUUUGCAUGCGCACUUCCUCAGGUCCAGAAGAAGUAGCAAUGUAUGUUGGGGUCAUUGCAGUAGCUGUCUGUCUGUCACUCCUGCUUGCAGUUGUGGUCCUGGUAUACCGGCGGAAGAAGGAGGGACUGGACACUGAUGUUGCUGACUCUUCUAUCCUGACCUCAGGAUUCCAGCCUGUUGGUACAAAACCACCAAAACCAGAUAAUCCACACUUACUUACAAUCCGUCCUGACCUGAGCACAACCACAAUGACUUACCAAGGUUCCUUGCGGCCACGACAGGAUAUUGCCAAUAAGUUUCACCUAACAAACGGGCAUCUGUUGGACCCUCUAGGGAGCAGCCGUCACACUUUGCAUAAUGGUAAACUGCAGACAGAUGCAGCUGACUUCAUGACAAGACUUUCUACACAAAGUUACUGUCGAUCUUUACCUCGAGACACCACCAACAUGGCCUAUGGAACUUUCAAUUUUCUGGGAGGUCGUCUUAUGAUCCAAGACACAGGAAUCAGCUUGCUCAUCCCACCAGAUGCAAUUCCGCGAGGAAAAAUCUAUGAGAUCUACCUUACUGUACAAAAGAAAGAAGAUGUGAGGUUACCCCUAGCUGGCUGCCAGACCCUGCUCAGCCCGAUAGUCAGUUGUGGACCUCCAGGAGUUGUGCUUACCCGGCCUGUGAUAAUCUGUAUGGACCACUGUGCAGAGAUCAGUCCAGAAAACUGGGCAAUCAAGUUGAAGAAACAAUCAUAUGAAGGAAGCUGGGAGGAUGUGCUGCAUGUUGGUGAAGAAGUGCCCUCAGACGUAUAUUAUUGCCAGCAGGAGUCCCAAAGUAGCUACGUGUUCACGGAGCAGCUUGGCCGAUUUGCUCUUGUGGGUGAAUCUCUUAGCAUGUGUGCAGCAAAACGUCUCCGCUUGGUACUGUUCGCUCCCACAGUCUGUGCGUCUUUGGAAUACAGCAUUCGGGUGUACUGCCUUAAUGACACAAGGGAUGUGCUGAAGGAAGUAAUGCAACUGGAACGGAAGCUUGGUGGUCGACUUAUAGAUGAACCUCGGAUCCUUCACUUCAAAGACAGCUAUCACAAUUUGCGUCUGUCCAUUCACGACAUGCCCAGCUCUCUUUGGAAGAGUAAAGUUCUUGCAAGCUAUCAGGAAAUUCCUUUCUAUCAUAUCUGGAAUGGCUCUCAGAGGAACCUGCACUGUACCUUUACACUGGAACGCUUCAGUCUAAGUACCUGUGAGCUUACGUGCAAAAUCUGGGUGUGGCAAGUAGAAGGAGAUGGACAAAGUUUCAACAUCAACUUCAACAUCACAAAGGACAUCCGGCAUUUAGAUGUUCAGUUUGUAGAUACAGACUUCUCUGCUCCUGCUUUGGUGGGCCCAAGUGCAUUUAAAAUCCCUUUCCUAAUACGACACAAGAUAUGCAGCUGUCUGGAUACUCCCUGUUCCCAAGGAGCAGACUGGAGAAUGCUAGCCCAGAAACUCAAUCUGGAAAGGCAUAUGAAUUUUUUUGCAUCAAAAGCUAGCCCAACCUCUAUGAUUCUGAAUGUGUGGGAGGCCCAGAACUUCCCAAAUGGAAACUUGAACCAGCUUGCUACAAUCAUGGCUGAAAUUGGUCGGCCAGAAGCCAUGGCCUUUAUGGUAUCAGAAGCAGAAUGCUGAAGCUUGGAAAGCCUGGAAAAUGGACAGCAGAUGUACUUGCUGAAUUUCAACCACCAUGGGUUAUUCUUCAGUGCAAAGACAAGAAAACUCCAGGCUUUUUACAUACACAUCACCAAAUCUUAUUAAGCAGCUGACUUUGAAUACCUAAUAGUGUGUUUGUGUUAUGAUGAUGGCCUGAAAAAAGAAGAUAGAAAAUGUAGCUGGUGAACUCCAAAGACUCAUUUUUGGAAAAUGAUAAUACAGAAGUUCUUAUUUUGUUUGUAAUUCAGCUGGCUGCCAGUCACACUGGCAUCAAAUUAAAUGAAGGUCUGGGCUCCGUCCUCCCACACUGUUUUCAAACAGUUUAUAUGGAGUAAUACAGUGAGAAAAUGACAUAACCCUUUGCUGAAAAUGAAAGAACUACAUUCACUUGGUGUUGAAGAUGCAGUCCUGGCGACUCACAUAAUCACUUUAGAAAAUGAUGUACUUUUCUGCCUUUGUGGUAAUAACAGAAGACCCUCAAAGUGAUGUGUUCUUGGCUAGUCUUUGUGUUUUUGUUUUGCUGGAGUGGGGUACAUUUGAAGAUAAGGAGUAUCUUUCUUUUUUUAUGAAUAUGUCUUGAGAUAUGCCCAUUGCUAUUUCUAAAGUGAAAAUGUGUCUAGAUUGCUGGGCCUUCUGUUAGACAACCAAAGAAUGGGCAAAUAUUACAAAAAAGAAUUGCUGCAAAAUACUUGCAAAAUUAAUUUGCAUUUUUCUUUUUACCUCAAGUUGUUAUAUUCUGGCAGAAAUUAAUGCAUUUUUUGAAAUUCCUAGUCGGGAUGCCUAGCUGCUUGGCAAUGUGCCAGGGAAAAAUGUCUUUGAUCUACCUUGAAGGAACUAGCUAACAAAAACUUCACAAAGGAAAACACAACAUCCACAAGCAGGUAGAUAACUUGUACGUCUGUAUACUCUUGCACUCAUAUGUUACAGAUUGCUGGUAGAAAAGAGCCCGACAAGAAAUGCCACAAUUUAUGAAAGUCAUUUAUGAAGACUAAAACAAAAUAUCCCUAGAUUCUUUCUACAUUAGAUUAA